CUUCUCUCCCUGAUGAAUGGAUUGUAGGAUGAAUUAUGGAAGUAAGUGAGUUUGGUGAAGGAAGUUUGGCUGUGAAGGGAAGAAGAGUGGGUCUUGAGGGGAUUGAAGGAGCAGGCCUGAGCUCAGACAAUUGAGGAAGAAGGAUCAUUCUUUCAUAGAAGGAGUGGGCAGAUGGAGGCCAUCAUGAAGAAGCUACGAGCAGCUGUGGGAAGUCGUCGCAGGAAGCAGGCAUCCAGCCAGGAGAGAAGGGAGAAACAUGGCCUUAGCAACAGCCAGACCAAGCCUUUUCUCCCUGAUGGGACAACUCUGGAGUUUCCUGAGGCCUCAGCAGGCCUGACCAGGCAGCAGGAGGAGGUGGUAUUGCAGGCCUCUGUCUCCCCGUACCAUCUAUUCAGAGAUACAGCUGAGGUCACAGUGUUCCGGGAGAGCCUGCUGAGCUGGUACGACAGAGAGAAGAGGGACCUACCCUGGAGAAGGCGGGCAGAGGGUGAGGUGGACCUGGACAGGCGGGCAUAUGCUGUGUGGGUCUCAGAGGUCAUGCUGCAGCAGACCCAGGUUGCCACGGUGAUCGACUAUUAUACCAGAUGGAUGCAGAAGUGGCCAACACUGCAGGAUCUGGCCAGUGCUUCCCUGGAGGAAGUGAACCAGCUCUGGGCUGGCCUGGGGUACUACUCUCGAGGCCGGCGGCUGCAGGAGGGAGCUCGGAAGGUAGUGGAGGAGCUAGGGGGCCAUGUGCCAGGUACCGCAGAGACCUUGCAGCGGCUCCUACCUGGCGUGGGGCGGUACACAGCUGGAGCCAUUGCUUCCAUUGCCUUUGGCCAGGUGACCGGUGUGGUGGAUGGGAAUGUAAUACGGGUGCUGUGCCGUGUCCGAGGCAUUGGUGCUGAUCCCAGCAGCACCCUUGUCUCCCAGCAGCUCUGGAGCCUAGCCCAGCAGCUGGUAGACCCAGCCCGGCCAGGAGACUUUAACCAAGCAGCCAUGGAGCUGGGGGCCACAGUGUGUACCCCGCAGCACCCGCUCUGCAGCCAAUGCCCCGUGCAGAGCCUGUGCCGGGCACGCCAGAGGGUAGAGUGGGAGCAGCUUGUAGCCUCACAGAGCCUACCAGGCAGUCCUGACGUGGAGGAGUGUGCUCUCAACACUGGACAGUGCCGGCUGUGUGCACCUCCUACACAGCCCUGGGACCAGACUCUGGGAGUGGCCAACUUUCCCAGAAAGGCCAGCCGUAGGCCCCCCAGGGAGGAGUGCUCUGCCACCUGUGUUCUGGAGCAGCCCAAGGCCCUUGGGGGUGCCCGAAUUCUGCUGGUGCAGAGGCCCAAGUCAGGUCUGCUGGCAGGACUGUGGGAGUUCCCGUCUGUGACUGUGGAUCCCUCAGGGGAGCACCAGCGCAAGGCCCUGCUACAGGAACUGCAGAAUUGGGCUGGGCCCCUCCCAGCCACCCGCCUGCAGCACUUUGGGCAGGUGGUCCACACCUUCUCUCACAUCAAGCUGACCUAUCAAGUAUAUGGUCUAGCCCUGGAAGGGCAGGUCCCUGUGACAGUCACACCACCUGGCGCUCGUUGGCUGACCCGGGAAGAGUUUCACACUGCAGCUGUCUCCACCGCCAUGAAAAAGGUGUUCCGUGUGUAUGAGGGCCAACAGCCGGGGACCUACAAGAGUCACAAAAGAUCCCAGGUGUCUACUCCAUCCAGCAGGAAAAAGCCCAGCCCAGGCCAGCAAGUCCUGGAUAGUUUCUUUCGACCCCACUCCCCCACUGAUGUAUCUAAACUCAACAGUGUGGCCCAGUGACACCUCUGGAAGCUCCCUCCUCUUGAGAAUCCUGUUGUUCAAUAAAGUGCUUAUUUUUAUAGUU